AUGGCCGAAGUCAUAGGCCUCGCAGCUAGCAUCAUCCAGAUCGCGGGGGCUGGCGCCAAGCUCAGCGUCGCGUUGUACAAUUUCACGAACUCAGCCGCGCGGGCAGACCAAGACAUCAAGGACAUUGCCGACGAUGUAGAGCUUACAUCGAAUGCGCUCGAAAGCGUAGGCAGAGUGUUUGAGUCCGAGGAGGCCGGAUCCAUCGUGUCGAAGAAGGCUAUCCAGGACGCUAACAGCAUUAUCAAAAAGUGCCAAAGCGUCUUCGACGAAGUAUCAGAGAUAGUAGAGAAGAGGAGAAGGACCGUAAAGGAUGGAAAGAAAAGUUUGAGCAUGAUGGGUAAGCUGGCCUGGCCGAUGAAGGAACAGCGGGUCGAAUUGAACCGAAAGAGACUUGAGAGUUUGAAGAAUAGCCUUGUGCUUUUGUUGCAUGUCUUACAAUUAGCCCAGGGUCAGGCGCGAGGAAGGAUGGAAAAAGGUGUCUUGGAUGAAGAGCGUGAGAAGAUCCGCGAACUGCACCAGCGACAGCAGGAUUCACUCAAAAGCCUGCAAGCUCUCGAAAAUAGAUUCUGCCAUAUCGCAAUCAACGACGAAGAAACGCUUCGAGGAUCAAGCGUCGCCUCUCGUGUUCCAACUUUGGAGCUUAUGGCCAACGCUCCGGUUGUGGAGCUGCCUCCGCUAGAGAAAGUCCCAGAGCUUCAGCCAAACACCAUUACCAUCGAACUCUCGACCCCAAAUAAUUCGGACACUUCUGACAGCGACGCAACGAUGUCAGGCGAUGACAAUGAAGAGCAGAUCUCGACCGAAGAGCUGGCAAAAGCAGCGGACCAUGUGAAGAACCUUUUAAAGCGCAUCACAAUGCUACAGAAGAGCUUCGAUAUCGACAAGAAGAAACAUCGAAAGCGACACGUGCACAAGAUGUAUCAACGCUUUUGCCGCAGAUUUGAAUCCGGUAUCAGGCUUCCGUCAGCUACCGACUUUGGAAAGGUUUCUCCAUUCAUCGAUUUCGAUGUGAACGACAACUCGGGCAGUCUGGAGAACUUCGACUUCGAUAGCUUUCUUCACGUUCCGGAUGAGAGCACGCAAUUCAACUCUCUUACCACAACCGUGGAGCGCUAA